GGCACCUUGCCCUACUCCUACAACCUGUGCGUGCCGCCGCCGGCCCGCGCCGUGCACGAGGCCGCUUGGCCGCCGCCGCCGGUGCUGGCGGUGCCCGUGCUGUCGGCGGAGGAGCUUCUGGGCGGCGAUUCCUGCGAGGAGCCGAGCCCGAGCAGUAACGUCGUCGUGGGAGAGCCCCCCGCCGAUGCUGGUGCAGUGCAGCGGAGGAGCGAGGCCGGAGGCGGUGCAGCCGCUGAGGCCCGGCCCAAGGCGGGCCCCGUUGAGCGCGGCCAUCGGGCGGCUGCAGUGGCGUGGCGGCGCCUCCGGGUGCCGCUGUUGGCCGCCGCCUCCCGGCGCUGGAGCCGCCGCCGCCGCCGCCGCAGCGUCCUGCCCCCGCAGGCUGCUCGCUCGGCCGGCGCCGGCCAGAGCGACAGCGGCAGCAGCAGCGGCGAGAGGUGGCUUUGUUGCGUGGCUUGUCGGGGAGCAGCGGCGUGGUUGUGGGGCCGAGCGGGCUGCUCGCUCGGCCGGCGCCGGCCAGAGCGACAGCGGCAGCAGCAGCGGCGAGAGGCGGCGAGAGAGGCGGCUUUGGUGCGGCUUUGCUGGGCGGGGAGGCGCUGGGGCCGGCGGCAGCGAGCUGUGCUCUGGGCCGUCCUGCUGGCGGCGUGGGAGGCGGCGUGGGGGCAGCUGCGCUACUCGGUGCCCGAGGAGCUGCCCAAGGGCUCGUUCGUGGGCGACGUGGCCAAGGACCUGGGGCUGCAGCUGCCGGAGCUCAGAGAUCGCGGCGUUCGCAUUAUAGAAAGAGGUCAGACUCAGUAUUUCAUUCUGCACGGAAAGACGGGCCAUUUAGUGACGGCGGAGAGGAUCGACAGAGAGCAGCUCUGCGAGCGUGUGCAGCAAUGCGUGCUGCGCUGUGAGCUGAUCGUGGAGGCGGAAAUGAAGUUUUAUGGAAUCCAAGUGGAGAUUACGGAUAUUAAUGACAACUCACCCAGCUUCCGAGAGGCAGAAACAGAGUUGAAGAUGACUGAAAUAACAGCUCCAGGGUCGCGGUUUCCCCUCCCAGACGCACAUGACCCGGACUGGGGCCGGAAUUCCGUGCAGAGCUACGAGCUGAGCGGUGACGAGCACUUCUCGCUGGCCGUGCAGGCGGGCCCCGGCGGCGAUCAGCGUCCCGAGCUGGUGCUGGCCAAGGCGCUGGACCGGGAGGAGGCGGCGUUUCACGAGCUGCUGCUGAGGGCGAUGGACGGCGGCGAUCCGGCACGGACGGGCACGGCUCGGAUCCGUGUGACCGUGGUGGACGCGAACGACAACGCGCCCGUGUUCGGCCAGGCGGAGUACACGGUGCGUGUGCCCGAGGACGUGCCCGUGGGCUCUGUCCUCGUCACCGUCACGGCCACGGACGCCGACGAGGGGAUGAAUGGACAGGUGAAAUACUCGUUAAAGAAAAUCACAGAAAGAGCCUCUAAGAUUUUCCAGCUGGAUUCAGAAAGGGGUGCGAUCGCUCUGUUGCAGACCCUGGACUUCGAGGAAGGCAACUCUUAUGAAUUAGAAGUGCAGGCACGGGAUGGCGGAGGCCUUUUCGACUCUGCCAAAGUCGGGAUUACUGUCACAGACAUAAACGAUAACGCACCUGUGAUUUCUGUGCGGUCAUCUCUGAGUGAGAUCUCUGAGGAUGCGCAAUCGGGGACCGUGGUUGCCCUGCUGCAUGUGGAGGAUCGGGACUCGGGAGCCAACGGCGAUGUUCGCUGCUCGCUGGAUGGGGGCGACCCGUUCCGGCUGCAGAGAUCUCACGGCAGCUACUACAGUGUGGUGACAGCGCGAGAGCUGGACCGGGAGCAGGUGUCAGAGUACAACGUGACGGUGCGGGCCGCCGACGGCGGGUCGCCGGCGCUGCAGAGCAGCGCGGUGCUGGCGCUGCGGGUGCUGGACGUGAACGACAACGCGCCGGUGUUCGCGGAGGAGCGNGCCGCCGGUGCCGGCGGUGCCCGUGCUGUCGGCGGAGGAGCUUCUGGGCGGCGAUUCCUGCGAGAAGCCGAGCCCGAGCAGUACUUGAACCUGGGGCUGAGCGCGGACGAGCUGCCGGCGCGCAAGCUGCGGCUGAGCGAGGAGAAGCAAUACUUCACGGUGAAUGAGGAGAACGGCAACCUGUACGUGAACGAGAGACUGGACCGGGAGGAGAUGUGCGGCGAGUCGGCGUCCUGCUCUGUCAGCUUCGAGGCGCUGGUGCAGAACCCUCCGAACAUUUUCCACAUCGAGGUGUCCAUCGAGGACGUGAAUGACAACGCGCCGGACUUCAGCAAACCUUCUCUAGACCUUGAGAUCGGUGAAUGGACUCUUCCCGGUGCUCGUUUUCCUCUGGAGAUUGCUCGAGACGCAGACAUAGGAAGCAACUCCCUGCUGACUUACCAACUCUCCAGCAACCCGUCCUUCUCUCUCUUUAUGAAAGAGAGGGGCGGUGGAAAGAAGCAGCCAGAAUUAGUAUUGGAGAAAGAGCUGGAUCGAGAGAAACAGAGUUAUUUUGAAUUGGUGCUGACCGUGGUCGACGGCGGGGAUCCAGCGAGGUCUGGGAGUGUCCAGGUUCGAGUAAACGUUACGGACGCUAAUGACAACCCUCCUGUAUUUAGCAAAAGCGUAUACGAAGGGCGAGUGGUGGAGAAUCUGCCCGCGGAUUCCCUGGUGCUGCGGGUGACGGCGACAGAUGCGGACGCGGGGUCCAACGGGCGAGUGUCCUACUCAUUUGGCAGUGUCCCUGAAUCCAUCAGGGCGUUGUUCGCUGUCGACCGCGAUAGCGGCGAGAUCAAAACCGCGGGUCCUCUCGAUUUCGAGGAAAAGAAUAAAUACAUCUUUGUCCUCGAGGCGACGGACGGCGGCGGGCUCACCGACCACUGUGAAGUGCAAAUAGACAUCACAGACGAGAACGACAACGUACCUGAGAUCAUUAUUCUAUUCCUGUCCAGUCCCGUGCCAGAGGACUCACCGGUCGGAACCGUGGUGGCUUUGCUGAAAGUGCGGGACAGAGACUCCGGUGAGAACGGCCAGGUGUCGUUGGAGCUGUCGGGGGAGGCGGCGCUGUCGCUGGUGGCGUCGUCGGGCGGCUCGUACAAGGUGGUGACGGCGAGCGCGCUGGACCGCGAGCAGGCGCCGGAGCAGCGCGUGACGGUGGUGGCCCGGGACCGGGGCAGGCCGUCGCUGCGGAGCAGCAGGGAGCUGGUGCUGGAGGU